GGAAUUUGAACUUUCAAUAUCAUUCUUUGUUUACGAGUUCAAGCAUUCGACUGACUGUGCGAAGACCUUCUUGCCUUCAGUAUAUCGUUUAUUGGAAGCAUUGUUCAAAAUGAAAAACAUUAUCUUUGCUAUCGUCUUCACUGUAAUUUUGGCUUCGACCAAUGCUGCCCCUACAACUACCCUUGAGCCAGGUGUCCAAGGAAGACAUGGUUUAGGAAUUCUUGGUCUCGGAAUGGGAAUCGGUGGCCAUAUUGGGGUCGGCGGCAACGUUGGAAUGGGAGUUGGAGGUUACGGCUAUCCAGGUGUCGCAAAUGUUGGACAUGGCGGAUACGGACAGGGAGGCUAUGGUCACUCCAGCCACGGACAUGUUGGUCAAUCUUCAGGAAUUUAUAACCAAGGUAGCUAUGAAAGAGGAGUUUAUAACCAAGGUUCCUUCCAACAAGGUCAUAGAGGUCACGCAUCUCAUGGUCACGGUGGAUAUGGACAUGGCGGAUAUGGACAAGGUGUCCGCUAUGGAGUUUACUAGAAAUAAGUUCUUUAUAAAUUGUUUCUGACCGUGUUCAUCAAGAACAUUUGUUAAUUGACGUUUGAACAUCUAAAUUUCAUUUUAACAUUACAAUUCACUGUACUAGACUGAAACCCGUUUUAGGUUUUAAUAAAGGCAUUUUAAUGGAAA